GAUGAAUUUGGGUUCAAAGGAUGGCGCAUGAGCAAUGAGCCGCUGCCCAGCCAGCGCAAGCAAGCCGCGAAAGCUUCAUUGACCUUCUCCUUGCUGACGACAGCUGUUUCGACAUUUGCCUGGUGUUGGGGAGAGCGGUGUGCAAGAUUCCCACGACUCUUCGGAAAGGAGGCGGCAGGAAUGUCAGGCAGAGAGCUUCGAGAUGCUGAGCAAAGCCCACGGCAGAAAGCUCCUGGGGCGGACGCGCGAAG